GCGAUGAUUCCUCUUCAGGCCCUCUUGCUCCCUCCCUUCGCCCAGACCGGUAGUCGACAGCAGACCACGCUGCGAGUCACGGAGACACCGUAGAGCUAGACCAGCUUCUGGGACUCAUCCAGGCGGCUGCGACGCUUCUCAGACGCCCACGGGCACGAGGUUUGGCUCCCGGACGUCCUAUCUGCCAGACCCGCGGUGGCGCCUCACUCCGCUGCUCUGCUCGGUCACUUUGCUAGAGCAUCUGUGCGAUUCACACUAAUUCCCGUCUUUUAGUAUCGCGAGAAUUUGACAGUUGUGAAACUGAUUUCCGGUCGCUUAGGUCUCCGUGGAGACAGCAUUUUAACCAUUUUUUUUUCACCUCUCAUUCCGCGGACUCCACGUGGUUCGGAAAUUGCCCAAAGAACAUUUAUUGACUACUCUUGAUUAUAUUUAAAAUGGGUGUAAAGAAGAAGAAAGAAAUGCAAGUUGCUGCAUUGACCAUUUGUCGUCAGGACCUUGAAACUUUGAGAUCUUUGGCUGAUGUGGAAGGGAAAAAUCUAGCUUCUUUGCUGUUACAUUGUGUACAACUCACCGAUGGAGUGUCACAGAUCCAUUAUGUUAAACAGAUUGUACCUUUACUGGAGAAGGCAAAUAAAAAUGGCGUAUGUGAUCCCACUAUUCGAAGUUGUUUGGAUAUUUUAGCAGGCAUUUAUCUUUCUUUGAGUCUAAAGAAUCCCUUGAAGAAGGUCUUGGCAAGCUCACUAGAUGAUCUACCUGAGUUUUUUCUGACUGAGGCUGCACAAAGUUUUACUUCUCGACUUCAGGAAGACUUGGAUUCUACUGAUCUAUACUCUUAUAGGAAAGUCAUUGACAAUUUGUCUUCCUGUAUGGAGAACUUUAACUUGGGAAGAACAAGUGUUAGUAAUCUUCUUAAAAAUGUGCUUCAUUUUCUGCAGAAGAGUUUAAUUGAAAUCUCGGAAGAAAAUAGAAAAUUUGCCGGAAAUCAUAUUGUUCAGACACAAUUGAUGAAUGACUUGUUGGUAGGCAUUAGAGUUUCAAUGAUGUUAGUACAGAAACUACAAGACUUUCAGGGAAUUCAUUUGAAGAUUUCCAGUUCUCCCAUAUGGCAAAGUAUGUGUGGAUUGCUGAGUAUUUUCACCAAGUUUGUAAGUGACGAUGACCUCUUACAGGCAGUUCAGAGUACAUCUGGAUUAGCUGUUAUUCUUUUUAUUAAGAUUAUGUUUCAUCCACCUGAAAAGAUUCCUGAUUUGAUUGGUAGCUUGCUCCUCCAGUCAGUGGACCGCACCAGCAUCCCCGAGUGGUUUUUGACCUGCUGCGAGAGCCUUUGUGGUGCUGAUGUCUCCCCCCCAGCUCUCUUAUUCCUGUGUCAGGGGACACUCACCAUGUUGGACUGGCAGAAUGGGAGGAUGGGCCCAAGUGGGGAGGCCCUGCUCUUGGAUACUGUGCACGUGCUGUUCACCUUGAGUUCGCAGAUCAAAGAAUCAACUCUGGAAAUGUUUCUGUCUAAAAUUUUGGCAUCUUGGACUAAUUCAGCCAUACAUGUCCUUGAAUCAAGUUCCCCAAGCCUAAAGAACAGUCUGAAUGGGAAUUCAAGCAUCGUUGGGAGACUUUUGGAAUAUGUCUAUACCCACUGGGAACAUCCAUUGGAUGCUUUGAGACACCAAACCAAAAUCAUAUUCAGAAAUAUUCUCCAAAUGCAUCAGCUCACUGUCGAAGAGUCAGAUUCAGAAAAGUCAGAUUUGGCUACUGAUCGUUUCAUUUUUGAACUGACUCAGAGCCUUUUGCGAUUGGAAUGGCAUGUUAAAGGAAAGUACUUAUGCCUUGGUUGUUUAGUAGAUUACAUAGGAACCGAGCAUAUUUUGGCAUUAGCUAAAACUAUACCAUCACAAAUGUUAGAGGUGAUGGGGGACCAAUCAUUGGUACCUUAUGCAAGUGACCUCUUGGAAACCAUGUUUAAAAAUCAUAAGAGUCGUUUGAAAUCUCAGGCUGUCGACAGUACUUGGAUUGACAAGUGGCAUGAGACUUGGGUUUCUCCUCUCCUUUUCAUACUGUGUGAGGGAAACCUGGAUCAGAAAUCUUAUGUAAUUGAUUAUUACUUGCCAAAAUUAUUGAAUUGCAACCCUGAAAGCUUAAGUUACAUGGUAAAGAUUCUUCAGACUUCUGCUGAUACUAAAACUGGAUCUUUUAAUACUAGAGGGGCUCUGGGAGCUUUGAUGGCAUGUCUACGAACAGCUAGAGCUCAUGGACAUCUUCACUCUGCAACUGAUGCCUGGGGAACUCUUGUGUCCAGUGCAAGAAUAAAGCAGGGCUUAGUUCAUCAGCACUGCCAAGUACGGAUAGAUACCUUAGGUUUGCUUUGUGAAAGUAAUCGAAGCACAGAAAUCGUUUCCACAGAAGAAAUGCGGUGGAUUCAGUUCUUUAUCACGUACAAUCUUAACAGUCAGUCUCCAGCAGUGCGGCAACAGAUUUGUUCUCUGCUUAGAAAGUUGUUUUGUAGGAUACAGGAAAGUUCUCAGACACUUUAUAAACUGGAGCAAAGUAAAGGCAAACAUGAACCAGAGAAUGACUUAACCACACAGCACCCUUCUGUUUCUUUACAGCAGUAUAAGAAUUUCAUGUCCUCCAUUUGCAGCAGUCUUUUUGAAGCAUUGUUUCCUGGCUCUUCCUACCCAACUAGAUUUUCAGCUUUAACCAUUUUAGGCUCAAUAGCUGAAGUUUUUCCUGUCCCAGAAGGUGGAGUCCAAACAGUGUAUCAGCUGAGUCAUGACAUUGAUUUUGGUCGUUUCCAAACACUAGUGGAAUGUUUUACCAGCACCUUUGAAGAAGUGAAAAUAUUAGCAUUUGAUCUUCUAAUGAAGUUACCAAAAACAGUUGUACAAUUUCAGGAUUCAGAGAAACUCCAAGGCUUAUUCCAGGCAGCACUGGAGCUCAGCACAAGCACCAAACCAUAUGACUGUGUAACAGCUUCCUACAUGCUGAACUUGUUAAUCUGGCAGAAUGCUCUCCCGUCAUCUCUUUCCGCGUACGUAAAAACUCAGCAAGUUGCAUGUGAAGAUGGAGAUAAGUCUGCUGCUUGGGUGGAAAGGAACACAUUAAUGGUUAUCAAGUGCUUGCUGGAAAAUCUAGAGGAAGAAGUAUCUCAGGCUGAAAAUUCUCUGCUCCAGGCGGCGGCAUCGUUUCCAAUGUAUGGGCGAGUGCACUGUAUAACAGCAGCUUUGCAGAAGUUAUCUCUAAACAGCCUGCAGUUGGUGAGUGAGUGGAGAGCUGUGGUGGAGAAACUCCUUCUGAUGUCGUACAGGCUUUCCGCCGUUGUGUCUCCAGUCAUUCAGAGCUCUUCCCCAGAAGGCCUUAUUCCAAUGGACACGGAUUCAGAGUCAGCCAGCCGCUUACAGACGAUUCUGAGUGAGAUUCAGCCACGAGAUAGUAAUGAUUACUUCAAUCAAGCCAAAAUAUUGAAAGAACAUGAUAGCUUUGACUUGGAGGACUUGAAUGCCAGCAUGCCGAAUAUUGAUACUGCUGCAGAAAUCAAAGGUAAAGAAGGAAAAACAUGUGAUGUAACUGCUCAGAUGGUGCUGGUAUGUUGUUGGAGAAGUAUGAAGGAAGUGGCUUUACUUUUAGGCACACUGUGCCAGCUUCUGCCUCUGCAGUCUGUGCCAGCAUCUCCUGAUGGAUUGUUGACAGUGGAGCAGGUAAAAGAAAUUGGAGAUUACUUUAAACAACACCUUUUACAGUCCAGGCACAGAGGAGCAUUUGAACUGGCUUACACUGGCUUUGUGAAACUCACUGAAAUCCUAAACAGAUGCCAUAAUGUGAGUCUGCAAAAGCUGCCAGAACAGUGGUUGUGGAAUGUUUUAGAGGAAAUUAAAUGCAGCAAUCCUUCGUCUAAACUCUGCACUACAAGGCGCAGUGCUGGGAUUCCUUUCUACAUACAGGCACUGUUGGCAUCUGAGCCUAAGAAAGGCAAAAUGGACUUGUUGAAAAUAACAAUGAAAGAGUUAAUCUCUUUGGCUGGGCCUACAGAUGACUCACCGAGCACAGUCCCCCAGGUUCACGCUUUAAAUAUCCUGAGAGCCUUGUACAGAGAUACACGUCUAGGCGGAAAUGUUAUUCCUUAUAUUGCUGAUGGGGCUAAGGCUGCGAUUCUGGGCUUUACAUCACCGGUCUGGGCAGUGAGAAAUUCAUCCACACUUCUCUUCAGUACCUUGAUCACAAGAAUAUUUGGAGUUAAAAGGGGAAAGGAUGAACUUUCCAAAAAAAAUAGAAUGACAGGGAGUGAAUUUUUCUCUCGUUUCCCGGAACUCUAUCCCUUUCUUCUCAAGCAGUUGGAAGCUGUAGCCAAUACUGUGGAAAGUGACAUGGGAGAACUCAACCGGCACCCAAGCAUGUUCCUCUUGCUGUUGGUGUUGGGGAGGCUCUACCCUUCCCCGAUGGACGGCACCUCUUCUGCUCUCAGCAUGGCCCCUUUUAUUCCCUUCAUUAUGAGAUGUGGUCACUCACCUUUCUACCGCUCCCGUGAAAUGGCAGCUCGUGCCUUGGUCCCAUUUGUUAUGACAGAUGAAAUCCCUGACACCAUCCGAACUCUGUUGGCUAGACUCCCUGACUGCACUGACCAGUGUUUCCGGCAAAACCAUAUUCAUGGGACACUUCUUCAGGUCUUUCAUUUGUUACAAGCCUUCUCAGACUCCAAAUACAGAAUGAAUGCGUACUUUCAGCAGGAGCUGGCUGACGUCGCUGUUUGUACUAAAGCCAAACUCUGGCUGGCCAAGAGGCAAAAUCCAUGUUUGGUGACCAGAGCUGUGUAUAUUGAUAUUCUCUUCCUGUUGACUCGCUGCCUUGACAAACCCGCAAAAGGCGCCCAGCCAGUUCUGGAGCAUCUUGGCUUCUGGGAGGAAGUCAGAAGGAUCAUCUCAGGAUCAGAGCUGAUAACAGGAUUCCCCUAUACCUUCACGGUGCCAGGCCUGCCCCAGUACCUCCAGAGCCUCACCAAACUAGCCAUCGCCGCAGUGUGGGCAGUGGCGGCCCAGGCUGGAGAGCAGACAAGGGACGUUCCCAUCUCCUUCUCUCAGCUCUUGGAGUCUUCCUUCCCUGAGGUGCGCCUGCUGACACUGGAAGCCCUGUUGGAAAGGUUCUCAGCAGCAGCAGCCUCUGAACCAAGAGAGAGGGGACUGCCGCUCUUGCUGUGGAACAUGGGAGGGACGUUCUUAAUGUUGGCUAUGAAGGAAAAUCAUCCAGAAUGCUUCUGUGAGAUACUGAAAAUUCUCCAUUGCAUGGACACCAGUGAGUGGCUGCCCCAGACAGAGCGCUGUAUCCAUCUAACCCCGAAGGAGUUCUUGCUGUGGAUAAUGGAUAUUGCUUCCAAUGAAAGGUCUGAAACUCAAAGUGUAGCUCUGAGACUUGCCUCCAGAGUGGUUGCCCACUGCAUGCAGGCGCAUGAGGAGACCAGAGACUCAGUAGUCCCUGAGCUGAAGCAGUGGGUUCAGCUGGUCGUCUCGUCCUGUGGAGAUCAUCUUCCUACAGAGUCCAGGCUGGCUGCUGCUGAAGUCCUCACCAGCACCACACCAUUUUUCCUCACCAACCCCCAUCCCAUCCUUGGACUGCAGGAUACACUCGCACUCUGGAGGUGUGUCUUCACCCUCCUGCAGAGUGAGGAGCAAGCCGUCAGAGACGCAGCCACGGAAACCGUGACAACCGCCAUGUCACAAGAAAACACCUGCCAGUCAACAGAAUUUGCCUUCUGCCAAUUGGAUGCCUCCAUCACCCUGGACCUAGCCCUGGCUGUGCUGUGUGACCUGCUCCAGCAGUGGGACCAGCUGGCCACUGGACUCCCAGUCCUUCUGGGAUGGCUGUUGGGAGAGGGUGAUGACCUCGUGGUCUGUGCGGAGAGCGCACAUCAGGUGGAAGACGACUACCUGUUUGAAAAAGCAGAAGUCAACUUUUGGGCUGAGACCCUGAUCUUCGUGAGAUACCUCUACAAGCACCUCUUUCUUCUCCUCUCCAAGUCCAGCUGGUGUCCCCUUAGCCCUGAGACGCUCCGUCAUCUUCAAAGGACAGCAUCAGAGCGGUGCCACCUCCUUUCCCAGCUCUUCAGAGAGCUGCCACCAACUGCCGAGUUUUUGAAGACAGUGGAGUUCACAAGACUGCGCGUUCAGGAGGAGAGGACUUUGGCUGGCCUGAGGCUGCUGGCCUUUCUGGAAGGAAGGGAAGGGGAUGACACCCUCGUUCUCCGUGCUUCGGACUCUCCUGCAGAAGCGAAUCAGUUGACUCUUCCAAGAACAGAAACCGCUUAUUGAAGAAAGAAGACUUGUGGGAUGGGGGUGGAUUAUUCCCCCCUAAAUAUGCAGGAAACGUGUCAAACAUAAAUUCAAAUAUUUUUUCCCCUUCAUGCCUCCCCCACUUCUGUGAGUCUAGUCUUCUGUCCCUUCCUGCAGAGGAAUUUUUCUUCAGUUCACUCAUUCAAGGCAACCUGGUUUAUUGCAGCUACUGUAGGAAGUGAGGCCACACGUUGAAUAUUUACUCUGUUCCCAGGUGCAGGCCACCUGCGGGCUGGAAUUAGCCUUUUCUGUCCCCCAGGACCUCUAAUGUCCAGCCAUAGCCAGCCUGCAUUUUCUAUGAAUUGACUACACAGAAUUGGGUUUUCAUACAUGGUUCCACCCCCCUUUUUUGGCUGGAUGUUGGAGCUGGAUUAGUUGGCAAACAGCCCAUUUGGUUAGACUUCCAACUUUUAUUCCUUUUUAGCUAAGGCAAAAAUAUAUUCCAAAUGCUGGGUCCUGGGAAAAUGACAGAUCAAGUUCAUACAAAUAGAUUUGUUUUUACUAUCUGCAUGUGAAAGUCCUACAGUGACCCACAUAUCAUCGUAAUUACUAAAAGAGCCAUUGAGAGUUCCUACCCCAAAAAAGUGUUUGUGUUAAUGCUGGGAAAGCUGAUUUUGCCACCCAGUGAAAGCACAGACUCUUGGCUAUUAGAAUGAACCUGGGGAAAGGAGAGCCAGAAUAAAUGAUUUAUUUGAUGCCUAUGCUGUUUACUAUCAUUUUCUUGGUGGCAAUAACAAGAAGAUUAUCAUUUAAGAUGCCAGAAAACACAUUCACACAUUUUAGCGAUUGAAGCUAGACGCAAGAAUUUUCUCCUUUUCCAAGUCCAGCCCAGCCCAUCUUCCUCAGACACCCAGCAGGUGUCGCUCUUGCAUACAUUUUGCUGCUGGUCCUGUUUUUCAUUGGCUUGCCAUUUUUAAUUUAUAAUUUCAGAGUAAGUGUUACCCGCAGACAGUUAUCUUGAAAUUCAUACCUAGGAUGGGUGAUAGCCUCUUCCACAUUCAUUUUUCAUCCUAGUUAUCUGAAAAAGGCAUUUCGGUAAUACUAUGUAAACUUAGUCCAGCUUUUAGGGUCUGUAAAUAUUUUUAAAUACUUCUUGGAUGCACAGUCACUUAGAAUUAUUGUACUGAUGUUUGAAUGUCUGAAGGGGCAGUUUAGAGGAAAGAGAGUUUGAUAUGAUCAUUUCCUACUGCAGAAAGGCUAAUGCUUCAAAUAUAAUUUGUCUCUCUUUGAAAGAAAACCACCUAACGCUAAAAACACAGCCAUACUGGGAGUACAGAGAAAGGGUUCUGUAGGAAGAGGCUGGAAGAAAGUUAACUUACUGUUCAAAGUUUUGUCCUAUAAAGAGAACAGGAAAUUCCGUGGGUUGUUUUGCACCAUUCAGCUCAAAAUGUGUUUUUUGUGAUCGCGAAUUAAUUACCUGGUUGGGCAUCUGUGUAGCCCACACUUGAAUGGAAAGUUGCCAACCUAACAUUUCUUUUUGUUCUGAAAAGACCUAGCUGGUGAGAAGUUGGAAUUAUCGGUAUAAUGUAUUGAUAACCAUGGUAGAAUAAUUAUGAAACUGGCCCCAGCAAAGCCCAGCUCAUUGGAAAAAGCCAGCGUUCCUUUUUUCUCCAUUUAAAAUGAAAUAAAAGCAGUGAUAUAAUAGAAACAUUUCACACCAGCAGGUACCCUGUACCAAAGCCUAUACCAUAACCUAUUUCCAUGUUAUCUCCAGAAGCCUUCUACCCAGCCCGCAAAGUGGGUGUCCUCAUAGCUGUCGACUAAGAAUUACCCCAGAUUUUGAUCCUGGCUGGCUGUGGCCAGCCUGGGAGGGCAGGAGGGAGAGCUGCUCCCACUGAUUUUGUAUCUGAAAUCUUGUUACAGACCUCAAGCAGCAGUGGCUAGGGAAAAUGGCUGUUUCACACUUUCCUGAUGCAUUCCCUGGGGAAACUUAGACUACUCUACUGUCAGGGCCACCCUCCAACUAUCGUGUUUGGGGUUGUUUCAGCAAAGAACAAACAGAACAGUUCUUGGGUGCUCUAAGCUACGAGCGUCAGCCACAGUCGCCCUGCCCUGUGUGUAGGGCCCGGUGUAGGCUGGGUCGUAAGAGUGAAGCAGUCACCUCUGCGGAGGUCACUACCCUUGGCUCCAAACUAGGGUUCAAGAUUUGGUGCCCCCUCAGCUCUGCAUUCAUGAUUCUGUGUAUUUCCACCCAUCUGGCCAUAGUCCAGAGGCCUGGCUUUCUCUGUUUCUGUGCUUUGUCAAUUUGUUUUAAUAAAUAAGAUGGAUUAUA